AUGGCUAAGCGAUCCAAAUCAAUUGAGCGAACUAUAAAAGAAGCUGAACAAUACUUGAGCCGAUUUCCUAAUUCAAUAGAAAAUUAAAGACAAAACAAGAAUGAUCAAAAACAUCUAAAUUAAGUUCAAUAAAAAUGUGGUCCAAAUAUCUAAUAAUAAGCUAGUAAGAAGGAGAAGAAACAGGAGAAAUAAAAGGUUAAGAGUAUAUAGACGACUUAAAAAACAUUGAAAGAGUUCUUUAAAAAAACAAUUGAGAAGGAUAACAAUAUCUAAAAAAUAGUAUAGGAUAAUCAUGAACAGCUUAAAGUAGUGAAGGAUUAGCAAGAAUAAUAAGAAUAAGUCGAUGUAAAUUAAAUACUGGGAGAUGAUUAAUAAAAUAUUAGAGUGAUUAUAUAAAAUGAUAAAAAUAAGGAAUAAUAAUAGAAUGCAAAUAUUAACAAAGUUUCAUAAGACUGGUGGAAAUCAAUUUUUCAUUAAGGAAAUAAAUAAAAUUAAGGUUCUGUUAAAAGCAAUUCGUCGACAUCUUUUCUACAACCAAAAACUGAGAAUCAAAAUAUUAGUGUUUAAUAAAAAGUAAAGUAAAAAUGCGAAGAACUCACCAAAGUAAUUAAAGAAUAGGAAUCCAUAGUUACAUCAAAUUAAGCAUAAGGUAAAAAGACAUUACUGAGUUUAACAGACUUGUUUGUAAACUAAAAAUCAAAGAUAAAUUCAACCACUAAAUACUUUAAAUCAAAUGAAAAAUUGAAUUCAAUAUAAGUAAAGGAUUAUGACCUAAAUAACAAAGAUGAAUGCUUCAAGUAAGACACCUCUCCAAAAGUAACAGGGAAUAAUGAGGAUUCAAAGAUCUAACUUUAAAUCCAGAAUAAAGAAGAGAAGGAACAUGCCAAAUUAUAAAGCAAUAUGUAAAAUGAGUAAAAGGUGUUAUAAUCUCAACCAAUAAUGUUGUCAUAAGUUCCAGAAUGUGAAUUCGGAAUGGUAGAUUGUGUUUUUGUUGUUGAUACAACAGGGUCCAUGGAUCCUUACCUUGAGAGAACUACGGAGGCUGUGGAGAUGAUUGUAAAUAAAAUAAAAUAGCAAUCUUUGGAGGAAUAAGUUAGUGUGAAGUUUGGUUUGGUAUGCUAUCGAGAUCAUCCUCCACAAGAAUUGACAUAUGUAACUGAAGUUCAUGAUUUAUGUUCGAGAUCUGAGAUUAUUUCAAUUAUCAAAUAGGCAGAUUGCUAUGGGGGAGGAGAUGGAGCUGAGGCAGCUUUGGAUGGUUUGAAUGAGGCGGUUAAGAAGAUAAGUUGGAGGGAUAGUUCCACUCUGCCAAGUUUGAGAUAUAUUUUUCAUAUCUGUGAUUAGCCUCCUCAUGGGAAGGAAUUUGGAGGGUAUAGUGAAUUGUGGGACGAGGGAUGUCCCUGUGGAUUAAAACCAGAAGAAGUAGUGAAUAGGAUAAAUAGGAAUGAGAUUCAUUACAGAUUGAUAAUGGCUAAUGGGCCUAUGCUGCAGAGAUUUGCCUAGUAUUUGAGAGGGAAAAUCCAUAAUUACGAUGAAACCACUUUGGAUGUGGCUAUUGGGAUGGAGAUCAGGAUAAGUGAUAUGGUAAUUAGAGAAUUAUGUCCAUAUACUUAAUAAGAGUGA